AUGACGACAAACACACAAAUGGCGGAAUCGAUGUCGUCGAACUACGGGACUUCAGACCACGAGAACCCGGUGUUUACCGUUUUUGGAACAAACGCAGACACCGACACGGAUUCGCAUCGAAAACGGCAGACAUGCACUAAUAUCCCAUUGUUGCCGGCCGCCCCUCAACCGCGGCUCCAUCAGAAACGGACAACUUUUGUCGGCGGCUGCAAUUUAUCCGAAAACAUGAACACCUCGAACGUAGUGUCGCUGCAGACGUUGAGCGAUGGUAAAAUUCAAGCGACCCGGUCGCAGGGCGUUAAGAGCCGGAACCCCGAACGAAUGAGCUUGGACAGGAGAGGUUUGAUGUCUGUUCCUGUGAUUACGGGCGAAGCGCGUUUGAGGCUUUUAUCGAUGCAGCAUAAUUUACUGACAAAACUAGACGGUAUUUCAAGUGCAGGCCUAUCAAGAUUGGUGUUCUUGGAUAUUUACGGUAAUCAGCUGGAGAGGAUCACAGGUCUUGAGAGUUUGAGCAACCUACGGGUACUUUUACUGGGAAAAAAUAGAAUCAAACGCAUCGAAGGCUUGAAAACGCUGCACAGAUUGGAAGUUCUAGAUUUGCACGGCAACCAAUUGACUCAGGUAGGUGGGUUACAGAGUCAAGGCGAGCUAAAAGUGUUAAACUUGGCAGGCAACCAAAUCAAAGUUCUGGGGUCAUUGGAUUUAGUUGGCUUGAGGUCGCUAAGAGAACUUAAUCUCCGGAGAAACCGAUUGAAAUGUCUGUUAGGGUUUGCAGAAACCCAACAGCUGACGAAAUUAUUUCUCAGCAACAACGAACUUAACACAAUCGAUGACAUGCCCAGUGUUGUGCAUUUAUACAAACUCCAAGAGUUGGCCGUCGACAACAAUCCGGUGUCGAUAACCGAAGAAUGUGUGCCGUUUUUGGUAUCGCAUCUUCCACAGCUUCAAGCGUUUAACCGUCUUAAGAUAACCGAUCAAAUGAGACGUGCGGCCGUCGUGUGGAAGGAAACCCGAGAGAGUCUUAAAUGUGUAGCAGCCAACUCGAUGCACGAACCAGAAAAGAAAGGUCGCGAUAAUAUCAUAUACAACGCUAAAACCAAUUGGGAAUUGAUGAGAUCACAUCAGACCAUACAGCCCAGUUUGGCAUCUUCGCUGAAAGAUCUCAGGAGCUCUACGGAAACAGAAGACGGUACGAAAAGUGAUUCGGCUUUGUGUAAAAAUACUACACAAAAUCAUGAGCACAAAGCAACGGUUGCCGAACACCGGAAGAAGAAAAUGUAUUUUUUGUACAAAAACCGAACGUUUGUGGAAAAGAAACUUUGCCAGCGACCCAAGACUGGUAAAAGUGAAAUGGUGCCCGUCACGCGGCUGCCACCAAUACUCAAUCAAUACCUUAACCAGAGUCCGGACACCCGACGAAAGAGCGAAUUCCGCCACAACGACAGCAGCAGCUUAGACAUGUCCGAUCACAGUGUAAACAGCAAACGAAGCGUUUCUGGUCUGGGCAGCGUGGAUGGAGAAGAAUCUAGUAGCGACGACAUCGAUAGCAACAGCAGUGAUGUGUCUUUUGAACAUAAGUUACCUCCGAAAAAGCCCGUCAGCCGCGGUAGGCCAAUACAAAGCGCUAAACCUAGAGUAUCAGCUCCUAUUAUAAGCGAUAAACAGGACAAAGACUUCAGGCCAGCCACGUCCAAGCCAAAACCAAAAGGAUCGUCUUCCAACCCAAAGGAUAAAAACAAAGAACAGGGUGGAGAUUAUUUGGUGGAAAUCACCGGAAUAUUUUUGAACGUCUACGGCCAAGGCAGCUUGCGGUACAUUGACAAACCGUGGAACCAGUCCAAUGCAAACGACGUUACCACAAUUAAGUUCAAUUACGUGAACUUCAACUCCCUGGUGCCGGUUUUCUCUAAAAUCAAAAACCGCUUUCCUAAUGCUGAAAACUAUUUUUUCCGAGAUACCAACAUUUACUGCCUCGGUCAGCUCAACGCUUUGGCGGACUUACAAGGCAUAGUUUCCUUGUACAUACACGAAGACGGAAAUCCCAUCAGUAGAAAGGACUGGCAACCGUAUGCCAUUUACCGACUAUUGCAUUGGGGUCUAAAAUCCAUAAACGAAGUCGAAAUUGAUGACAAUCAAAUAAUCAAGUCAUCAGAUACUUUUAAAGGACUGAGCGAUUUGGUUCUGAGUUCCCUUCCCGAAUCAUUGUUGACGCCAUUGCUCAAUAAAUUACAGUUGGACUACAGCGCAGAAGAAAAUGCGUGCAAAUGGCUUAAGUCGUCCGACCCAGCACUGAGAAGUGUAGUCUGCAAAGAAGCCUUGCAGUGGCGUAAAAACGGCAAUGCUCAAGACGAAUGUAUUUGGAGACAUAAAGGAAUCGUCCAUUUUAACGCUUUGAUUAAUACGACUUGCCUUGCGAUGGCCAAACUUCUGCUAUUGGAACAAGAAUGGCCACACGUUCUCAAAGAGCUCAUUCAAAAUACAUUGGUCGAUUAUUCACAAUUGGAAGAUUACAUGAAGAAGAAAUUGAACGAACUACGUAUCUCUUGA